UCAUCGAGAGAUAGAGCGAAGGUUCUAGAUAACAGAAAACUAAGGUAAACUUUUUGAAAAUUAAAUGCAAUAAAUAAUUCAAGAUGAUGCGCCAUUCUGCCAGACCGAUAGAGACGAAUAUUGUGAUUGAGGAAUCUCUUAAUGAAGAUGACGAUGAAUUAUAUCCCAACCCCACUAUCAGACGUCAUCGUCCUGUUACAGCAUUGGUUCGACGUCGAUCAUCAAAGCUUGAAAAACUUGUCCAAUCAGUAGCCAAGGAAGGAGACUUCGACAUGGUCAAUGACCACGAUGGAGGUAGAAUGCCGAUGCCGACUGUUGGUAUGAGAGCAGCAUCAGCACCUCAUCGAAUGUCUAUUACAUCAUUCUACGCAGACUCGGCUCCCUCUCAUUACCAACCCGACACACAUGAACCCCAACGUCAAGCAAAUGUGAGAAGAAAUUCAAUUAAAGAUGAAGAACGGAGACCAUCCAUUAGACCUCGAUCUACAGUGACUUUAGAACGACCACCAUUAGUCCUAAGACGACAACGGACCAAAAGCGCGAUUCAACUACGGCGAGAGAGUGCACCUCCUAAAACGAAAUCAAGUGAUGUUGGCGACUGCGGUAGUGAUGACGAGGAGAAAUCAAACUCAGAUUCAGAUGCAGAUUCUGAUUCGUCGCUAUCGACAUUGGAGUCAUUGCGAGAACUAAAGAACAGGAUAGAUGAGAUUGUCGGGGCACGGUCUGUUAAUGCGAGUCGUACCGUACGCCGAGGUUCAGUGACGAAUCCCAUGAAUAUGACGAGGAAGAAAAAAGCAGAAGAGAAGUCGGAAAUGGUUGCCGACUACGUGAUUCGACGUCGUCCUUCUCUCAUCUCCGUUGAGCGUCAAAGCAGAUCUGCGAUGAACCUGAAAGAAAGAAGAAAUUCACAACAAAGGGAAUCAAAACCAGCCACUAAUAAUCACAUACGAGGCAGAUCAGCUAGUUUGGCAACAACGUCAGCUCUAGCGUCACGAAGUCGGAGUGCCCGAGUCACGACCGCGUCGCGUCAACGCACAAAGAGCGUCACAACUAUUGACGGCACAUCAUCGCCAGGCUUGCAGAUGUUUGAAAACAGACGAGUCAGCAUUGCUACCACAUUCAAAGACGCGAAAGGCACGAUGUCAUACCAAGCAAGGAAGAACCUAAGAAGAGGUUCUCUGUUCGUUGAUUCGAAGGUGGUUGAAGAGGAAGAUGAUAACAGACGAGGAUCUCUUCUCCCACCAGAACAUAUCCUGCCUGGUCAUCGAGGAUCGUUUGAAGGAAUGAAGAGAAGUACAAUGAGCAGACGACGGGCACCAUUACCUGAAGAUCUGAACCUCAGAGUACCUGAUCAGAUGUCAGUGAAAUUGGCACGAGAGCGUUUCAGACGAAUUUCUCGGCUUGUACUUAAUUGCGUCAAAAUAUGCAGACGAAGUCAUCUAAACAUUGAGGAGGAACGCGCAGAAUUCCAGUCAUUUAUUCAAGUAGGGACAAGAUCGCAUGGUGAUCGACUCUUCUUUGAUCCAGAUUACUUCAAGGCUGAUCAAUCGCAACGCUUAUCAGAAGAAACCAAACGAAUUUUGACAGAGCAUCCGCAUAAGAGAACAGAAAAAGACCUGAGAUACGUGCAGAUUGCGUUACGUAACAUCAAGGCAUUCGCUGAAUACCCAAUCAGAAUGCAGGGCAGACUUUGUAAAGCAGGAUGGCUCGAAACGUAUGGCGCUAACCGAGCUGUACUUAGACAGGGACAUCCACCACACGCCUUCUACUUCAUCUUAUCAGGAACUUUGAUUGUGACGAUCUUUAUGAUGCAUGGACCUAAGGGAAAACCUGCCACUCAGACUGUUGCUUUCUUGAGGAGAGGACAAAGCUUUGGGGAGCUAGCCAUCUUGAACGAGGCCGUCCGUGCUUCUACUGUUAUCACCAAAUCACGAUGCGAACUUCUUGUCAUAUCUGUCGAGGAUUUCCAGGAUAUAUUCAUGGUAUCAGGGGGUAUUAAGAGUGUGAAUGAUCCCGAUCAACAUGCUUUCCUGACGUCACUAAGGUUCCUCACACAUUGGCCUAUUCACAUCAUACCUACACAUCCCAAGGAUUGUCUCUUUCAUUUCUUUGCGACGGGUGAUGUCUUAGUUCAAGAUAGCAACCAAUCAGAUUGGAUUUACAUCAUUAAAUCUGGAAGUUGCUCGGUCCUGAAGAAACUCAAAAGUGUAGCAGAGAAUGUACACUCGUCUUACAAGAGGAAAGAUGUGUGCAUGACAUGGAACAAAGACACGACGCUAGUUACAAGCAUAAUGCCUGAUCAAAACAAGUCUCCGAACAGAAAGAAAGUAAAGAAGAACAACAACAAAAUGGACACGCCUAGUUCUGAGACCAGUCGGAGGAGUUCAACAACAGCCAGUAGCGGUGUAUCCAUCAAGGGGUAUGGUAGUGAAACUAGCUCUAUCAUUCCACCAGUCAUCAGAUUAAAGAGUCAAGGGGUUUAUCUGAAGACAGGAGCAGUCGGAGAGGAUAUAUACAGCACGAUAGAGGAUGAUGACAGUGACUCGGAUGUAGAGAAGGAAGAGCUUGGUGAAGAUGGUCUUCCGGUUAACUUUGUCAACCAGCGCCGUACCUUUCAUACAGAUCUAGAUGUAGCUAAGAAAACUAAUGAUCAAACGACUGAUGCCGAUAAGGACCCAAUGUUUGUCACGAUCCAGCUACUACUAAAAGGAGGAGUCUUUGGUGUGAAUAACAUUGUAUUUCCCGACCAACCUAGUCUUAGUCUGGUCAGCAACGGAGCUGAAUGUAUUAUGAUCAGAAAGAGCUUCUAUCUUGAACAUGCAACGGAAGACACACUCAGUUUGCUCAGGAAAAAUGAAUUCCCCUACCCCACUGAGGAACAGUUACAGGAGAAGUUACAGAAGCACAUGAACUGGAAUGCUUUCAAGGAUCACACCGUCAAAUCAGUGGUGUUCCAAUCUAGAGCUCAUAAAGCUCAGCAACUCACAUCAGGAAAUAGAUAGAUAGGAGGGUGUGGCACUUUGGUAGCUGAGCCCCGCCCAUAGGACUCAGCAACUCACAUCAUUACAGUCAUGUAGAUAGAUAUAAUGGAAGGGUGUGGCACAUUUGUAACUGAGCCACAUCCAUAAAACUCAUCAAAAUUUAAUAGUACAUAGGAAGACAAGGCCAGUGCAUACAUUGGUAGCUGAGCCCGCCCAUAAGACUCGAGAGUUCAGAACAGGCAAUGCAUUGAUCUGUGUGUGACGCGGUGAGAGCCGAGUCAUGCCUGUGAUAUUAUCAUGCCCAUUGAUCUAAUCUGAAUGAUGGAAUGAAUCCAUUAAUUUCAAAGAAUUUAUAAAGUAUUUAAUGUAAUUUGGUAUUUAAUUAAAUAGGUUUUAUUCACAAUUGCAACUUGUAUUUAUAAUGUAUUUUAAUCUUUGUAAAACAUGUAUUAUUCAGUCUUUGUACUGCAAAACAUGUUCAAAUAAACCUUUAUUUAAUUGAAUUGAUCAGAGGCAUAUAUAAACUUUGAAUAAAGUUGACAAUUGCUCAAUCUUUAAGUCAUUCUUAGUCAUCCAUCGAGGCUCUUUACACUGAUCACAUACAAUAAACAAAGCAAACAUAUUCAGCAAAGUAAAUUAGUGAAGUAUACAUUUAAUGUCUUACAUUUGGAUCAUAUUAUACAAUAUAACUAAACACUAUAAAACAAAAAAACAUUUAAAUCAUAUCAUGAUAUCAAUAGGAAAUAUCAUUUUCUUGUAGGAAUACUUUGCCAAUAUUAAAAAUGCAACAUUUUGUCCCCAAACAUAGUUUCAAACCAAUAGCUUAGAUACAAUAAUACUCUUUCUCCAAUGUUUGUUCUCUUACAAAUUUAACUUAUUUUGCAGAUGGUUCUAAUAUACAUAUAUUGUUAUGCUAUUAACAUUGCUUCGCAGCAUUAUAAAAGUGUGGACAACAUAUAAUGAAGUUAGACUCUGGAUUAAGAAUGAGGAUGAAUUUAAAUGCUAAACCUAUUAUUAUUUAUGAUUCUAAUCACCCUGACACCUUUAUACCCCGAUUACUACAAAUUUACACAUACAGUCAUUUCCUGAAAUGCAAGUAAUAUAUUUCACAAUCAGACUCAGAGUCGUCAGAAUAGUACUAUGGUGCAAAACGCUUUCAGCAUUUCCUUUGAAUGGUCAAUUACAAAUACUGUGAAGAUAUCUACAUCAUAUGAGCUUCAUUCCAACCCACUACAUAAGAGAUGAGAUAUCAUAAAUAAAUACUUUUCAGCAGGUGAAUAAAAUUGAUAUUAGUUUUAUAAGUAAUGCAAUGGAUAUAUUCAGCAUGAUGCAUGAUGCUAUGUGUAUGUGAUGAUCGUAUGUGGUGAUGUGAAGUCUAACCAAGGAGUUGGGAGCAACUCUAACCAUGAAAUGCAGCUCAUAUUUCACUAUGUAACAUGAAAGUUUGACUUUCAUUCAUAUACUGCAUGAAACAUAUACAACAAGAC